AUGCUGCUUCGUUUACCGACGGGUCUGCACUACCCAAUCACGGUGACGUCGCUGCUUAAGCAGCCUGGCGAUCCGAUUGAGCGGGAUGAAGCUCUGUUCUGGUAUACGUAUGAGACAAUGGUUACUGAAGGCGAUGAAUUUGGGAACAAGACCGAUGUCAUACGAAAGUUCCCAGCGAGAUAUGAGUCGACUGCCGAUGGAGAGAUCGUUCAAUGGAAAAUCAGAAAAGGAGACAUUAUUGAUGACGCUGUUGAUAUCGUUGAGAUCGAUGAGCCUUGUGCGCAUGAGGUCCAGUACGGCGGACUAUGCGCGGAAUGUGGCAAGGAUAUGACACAGUCCUCAUAUAAUACCGAGAUCAUGGAUUCCACGCGCGCUCCGAUUCAGAUGACACAUGAUAACACCACGCUUACUGUCAGUGAGCGGGAAGCAACCCGAGUGGAAGAGGAUGCAAAGCGCCGGCUACUUGCAUCAAGACGUCUGUCUCUGGUGGUAGAUCUUGAUCAAACAAUUAUUCAUGCCACUGUUGACCCGACCGUUGGAGAAUGGAAGGAAGACAAAGAAAAUCCUAACCAUGAAGCACUGCGCGAUGUGCGACAGUUCCAAUUGAUCGAUGACGGUCCCGGCAUGCGUGGGUGCUGGUACUAUAUCAAGCUUCGCCCAGGACUGGAGGAAUUUCUGCAAAAUGUGGCUGAGAUUUAUGAGUUGCAUAUCUACACUAUGGGUACUCGAGCCUACGCUCAACAUAUUGCUGAUAUUGUUGAUCCCACCCGCAAGCUUUUUGGAGACCGAAUUCUUAGUCGGGACGAGAGUGGAAGUUUGACGGCCAAGAACCUGCAGCGGUUGUUCCCCGUGGACACCAAGAUGGUGGUCAUUAUCGACGACCGCGGUGAUGUGUGGCGCUGGAGCCCCAAUCUCAUCAAGGUCUCUCCUUACGACUUCUUCGUCGGAAUUGGCGACAUCAACUCGAGCUUCUUACCAAAGAAGCAAGAAAUUGCUGCCAAACAACAAGUGAUCAAACCCAAGGAGCCAGAGAAGAAGAAUGAACAUCAUGUCAAUGGCAAGUCCGAAGCAGGGACUGAAGUCUCAGCAUUGGAGCAAUUAGUAACAAUGGGAGGUGACCCAAGGCUACUCCAGGAGCAGACCAACGCGCAAGAAGAGACCAUACUGCACCAGGUGGAAGACAGACCUUUGCUGCAGAAACAAAAAGAACUGGACGCAGAGGAUGAGGUAGCGGAGAGCAACGAAUCAACUGCCAGCAUUGAAGAAUCUCAUGAUCCUAUGAAACACCGCCAUCACCUACUGGAAGACCACGACCAAGAACUUUUCCAACUUCAAAACCGACUCGAACAAGUACAUACCCAGUUCUUUGAUGAAUAUGACAAGAAGCGAACUCUCGCGCUCGGAGGUCGGGUGGCAGCCUUACGGGGCGAGAAGACUCAUUCGAGGGAUAAAGAUGUGGAUCUGAAAUUGGUCCCAGAUGUCAAAGACAUCAUGCCCCAGAUAAAACGACGCAUUCUCGGAGGAGUGGUCUUGGUAUUCUCAGGUGUUCUCCCGUUAGGAACGGAUUUCCAAAAUGCCGAUAUCUCCCUCUGGGCCAAGAGCUUCGGUGUAGUUAUUUCACCCAAGGUCAACGCCCGGACAACUCACCUUGUGGCCGGACGAAACCGAACCGCCAAGGUCAGGGAAGCCACUCGGUACCCUGACAUCAAGAUCGUCACCACACAAUGGCUUGUCGACUCUCUAGUCCAAUGGAGACAUGUGGACGAGGAACCAUAUCUACUCCCUGUCCAUCCAGAUGACCGCGGCGAACCUCUCUCCCCAGGUUCCCGCGAACAAGAAAUGGCCUGGCUCUCCUCUACAGACGAAGAUACCAAUGCCUCUCAAUGGACAGAGGGCGACGACGCCGAAGGCUACUCGAAUGAAUCCGGGCUAGACUCAACAUCCCCCAUCGGAUACGAUGCCGAAGAACAAGCCGCCGUGCACGAUGAAUUAAAAGACUUCCUCGGUAGCGACGACGACAGUGAGAGCGAUAAUGAAUCACUACCAGACGAGACAGCAGCGACGGGCACGAAGCGAAAGCGCGGCGAUGGAACCGAGAGCGGGACAGACGAAGAAGAAUCCGGCGAUGACGAUGGAGACGAAAAGAAAAAGGGCUCGCGAUUGUCGCAGCGCAUCAAACGCUCCUACGAGCGGAACACCGGCCUUCGGGAAGUCACCUCAGCCCCCACUGGAGGCGAAGACACAUCACUCCCAUCUGGUCCACCAGAAGACGAAUCUGAUUCUGAAACUGUGGGAGGCCGUGACCAAAAUUCCGGCCUUGAAAACCCCGAUGACGAUGACGAUGAGCUAGAACGUGAAAUGCUCGCCGCGCUAGAGGGUGGAGAAUAUGACCCUCAAGAGGAAGAGGAGGCCGCAGCUGAGAAUGGAUAG